GAAUCGGAACACUAAAUGGCAGAAUAUUCAAUGCUGGACCAUCUAGCAAUAUGACACGAAAUAAGGCGAAAAAAAUCAAUGAAUAUUUCUUCCAUGAUAUAAUUCCAUCACAACCUCAUGAAAAUGUCAAUACGGGUCACGAAAAUGAAAAAUCCACUCUAUCAAGUCCUUCACAAGAUGAACAAGAGAAUUAUAUAGGAAAUCCUGAAUACUUUGAUAAACUCAUAGAUAAUGUGGACUUAUCUUAUAUUGGAGGAGAGGAAGAACCUGUACCAUCACCCCCAAAGUAA